AUGGAGAACAUCCCCAGUUGUUGGGGAGGAAUGCGAAGUCUCCAGUGGUUUGUUGCAGGUUCACAGGUGUUGGGUAUAGCAUGCGUGGUCAUCACAGGCGUGUGGAUGGGUCACUACCGUGGCGGCUAUGCCUGGGAUGGCUCUGUUAAUCAGUUCAAUGUCCACCCUCUCUGCAUGGUCUUGGGUUUAGUCUUCCUCUAUGGAGAUGCGAUUCUGGUGUAUCGUGUAUUUAGAAAUGAGAGCAAGCGCUCUGUCAAGAUUCUCCAUGCUAUUCUACAUAUGAUGUCUCUUAUCAUCAGUAUUGUGGGUAUUGUUGCUGUUUUUGACUUCCAUGCAAGUGCCAAAAUCCCAGAUAUGUACUCUCUGCACAGUUGGUGUGGUAUGCUAACCUUUGUCCUCUUCUUCUUGCAGUGGCUUUUGGGACUCGGAUUCUUCCUGUUCCCUUGGGCGUCGGCGUGGUUAAGGAGUGUGUAUCUCCCCCUUCAUGUCUUCUUUGGACUGGCACUCAUGGUUCUGUCCAUAGGAACCUGCCUUCUGGGCAUCACAGAGAAACUGCUCUUUAGUAUCUCGCAAACGUACUCCAAGUUUGCAGCCGAAGGAGUUCUGGCUAACGUUUUGGGUUUGCUGCUAGUGGGCUUUGGAAUAAUCGUGGCUUAUGUGGUGACCAGGGAGGAAUUUCGACGCCCCCCGUCGCCCGAGGAGGAGCCUAUAUCUGUGCACUUCAAAACCCUCACUGAGGGGACGCCCCCAGUCACACCAUAG